AUGACGUCCCUCUGGCACAUCUUCCUCGCCUACCUCCCGUGCACCCGGCCGCCAACGUACCCGCAAACCGGCCCAGACGGGGAGGAGCUUCCCCCCAUGCCGCGGCGCCAACGCGCCGCGCAGCACCGCGACUUUCUGCGCGCGAAGCGGUUCGGCAGGAAGUGGUCAGAGCAUCAGGCCAAGGCGACUGGCGCCGCCUCGGCGCCAGACACCCCGACGUUACCAUGA